AUGCUGACUGUUCUGUGGCUACUUAGCUUGUCUAUCCCCACUCUGUGGACGAAGAAUGUAAUUACUUGUCCUUAUAAGAGUUUCUGCCAGCAGGCCCUAGUCUCAGGCAACGAUGUUGUCCUGCAGUGUGACCAUCCUAAGGCCCAAUGGUACUUCACUUCCCUUCAGAAGAAAGAGCCCCUCCUCUUGUCCUCCGUAGCUAACAUCAAGAAAUUUACUGGAGGCAGUGUCCAGCUGAGCAACCCUCAGCUCAUCCACACAGGCCUCUACCGCUGCCAAGAUAAUAACAGUGCCCUCCUGGUGGAGUAUGAAAUCGAUUUUCAAGAUGUGAGCAUGCUACAUAUUACACACAAAGGCCUGAACCAGAAGCCCCUAGAGAAUAAGACUAUGAAUCUGGGUGGCAGCAUCCUUGUCUUUACCCACUGGGCUCCCUGGCAGGACUGUAACCGCUGUGGACAGCCAGGUGAACGUAAACGCCUGGGGUACUGCUACAUUGAGGCACCCCAUGAUAAACCUAUGCCCUGUGGGCUCUAUCUGAGAGGAGAGAAGAAACAAUACAGCCGCAUGAGGCCUGAGCUUCAGGUGGAAGCCUGCAUUGUUCUCUGUGACCAUGUCAAGGAAACCAACCAGCCGUUCUUCGUUUUCGACAUUUACCAGUUGGGCAAGUUGACCAACAACAUGUGGCUUACCUGCCCCUUAGCCUCCAUUUACAGGUGA